UGAGCCGCGGACGCAGGACGGGAGGCUGGCUCCUGCGGGCGCGCUUGUUUUUCUGCGGCCGCCUCGCCCUGCGCAGCCCCCGCCCGCCUGAACGCCGCGCUCAGCUCAGCCCCGCCCGCCACCCGAGCCCAGCGCUGGAUUUAUGAAUGGGGGGACGAGGCCACAUGCCGCCGCCGCCGCCGCGUGUUGACCGCAAGGAGCCCGGGCCCGCGGAUCUCCGCCGGCUGCCCUGAGAGCGUCCGCCCGGCCCCGGCAGCCGCUCCGAGGACUUGUUGCUGCUGCGCUGCCGCUGCCGCCGCGGGGAAGCCGGCAGCUCCCGGGACUUGGGAGCCGGAGGGUGGCCCGUGUGAGUGUGAGCGCGCGCGCCCGAGCCCCUAGCAGUGAGCCUGGACUGUGCGCUAGCUCGCCUUUUGAGGGUGAAAGGGGGGGCGUGUCCGGGGGCCCGAGCAUCUGAGAGUCCAGUCCUAGCCGGGGACCGUGAGGGCUUGUUCCUGCCUCCCCGGCCCCCUCGCUUGGGUCCUCGGCUCGCCUCUUCCCUCCUGCCUCGCUUGCCGGAGCUGCCUGCCCAAACCCCAACCACCUGUGCACCCGAGAAACCCAACUCCUCCUGCUCCGCGCCCCGGGGGGAGGCAGGGGCAGGGCCAAGCCGCAGAGGGGGCUGCCACCGCCUCCAGCCUCCUCCUCGUCUCCUCCCCCUCCCCGGUCUGACGCUGCCUCCUUGGGAAGGGUGUUUGGAGGGCAGCGGCCGCCCCAAGCCGAAGCCCCGCAGCGCUUCUUAUGAUCAGCUCGGUGUGUGUCUCCUCCUACCGUGGGCGCAAGUCGGGGAACAAGCCUCCGUCCAAAACAUGUCUGAAGGAGGAGAUGGCCAAGGGCGAGGCGUCGGAGAAGAUCAUCAUCAACGUGGGCGGCACGCGACAUGAGACCUACCGCAGCACCCUGCGCACCCUACCGGGCACUCGCCUCGCCUGGCUGGCGGAUCCCGACGGCGGGGGCCGACCCGAGUCCGAUGGCGGCGGUGCAGGCGGCAGCGGCAGCAGCGGCGGCGGGAGCUGCGAGUUCUUCUUCGACCGGCACCCGGGCGUCUUUGCUUACGUGCUCAACUAUUACCGCACCGGCAAGCUGCACUGCCCCGCCGAUGUGUGUGGGCCGCUUUUCGAGGAGGAGCUCACCUUCUGGGGCAUCGACGAGACCGACGUGGAGCCCUGCUGCUGGAUGACCUACCGGCAGCACCGCGACGCCGAAGAGGCGCUCGAUAUCUUUGAGAGCCCGGACGGGGGCGGCGGUGGCGCGGGGACAGGCGACGAGGCCGGCGAUGAUGAGCGGGAGCUGGCCCUGCAGCGCCUGGGGCCCCACGAGGCAGGUGCGGGCCCCGGCGCGGGGUCCGGGGGCUGCCGUGGCUGGCAGCCCCGCAUGUGGGCGCUCUUCGAGGACCCCUACUCCUCCCGAGCGGCCAGGGUGGUGGCCUUCACCUCUCUCUUCUUCAUACUGGUCUCCAUCACCACCUUCUGCCUGGAGACCCAUGAGGCCUUCAACAUUGACCGAAACGUGACCGAGAUCCACCGGGUGGGGAACACUACCAGCGUGCACUUCCGGCGGGAGGUGGAGACAGAGCCCAUCCUGACCUACAUCGAGGGCGUGUGCGUGCUGUGGUUCACACUGGAGUUCCUGGUGCGUAUUGUGUGCUGCCCAGACACGCUAGACUUCGUCAAGAACCUGCUCAACAUCAUCGACUUCGUGGCCAUUCUGCCCUUCUACCUGGAGGUGGGGCUGAGCGGCCUGUCCUCCAAGGCAGCCCGAGACGUGCUGGGCUUCCUGCGCGUGGUGCGCUUCGUGCGCAUCCUGCGCAUCUUCAAGCUCACCCGCCACUUCGUGGGACUGCGUGUGCUAGGCCACACCCUGCGUGCCAGCACCAACGAGUUCCUGCUGCUUAUCAUCUUCCUUGCCCUGGGCGUGCUCAUCUUUGCCACCAUGAUCUACUACGCUGAGCGUAUUGGCGCCAGGCCCUCCGACCCACGGGGCAACGACCACACCGACUUCAAGAACAUCCCCAUUGGCUUCUGGUGGGCAGUGGUCACCAUGACGACACUGGGCUAUGGGGACAUGUACCCCAAGACAUGGUCAGGCAUGCUGGUGGGGGCACUGUGUGCACUGGCUGGCGUGCUCACCAUCGCCAUGCCUGUGCCAGUCAUCGUCAACAACUUUGGCAUGUACUACUCCCUGGCCAUGGCCAAGCAGAAGCUGCCCAAGAAAAGAAAGAAGCACGUGCCACGGCCACCCCAGCUGGAGUCACCCAUUUACUGCAAGUCUGAGGAGACCUCGCCCCGGGAAAGCACCUACAGUGAUAUCAGCCCCCCUGCCCCAGAAGAGGGCAUGGUUGAGCGGAAACGGGCAGACUCCAAACAGAACGGCGAUGCCAAUGCGGUGCUGUCAGAUGAGGAGGGAGCUGGUCUCACCCAGCCCCUGGCCUCUGCCCCCACCCCUGAGGAGCGCCGGGCCCUGCGACGCUCUGGUCCCCGAGACAAAAACAAGAAGGCAGCCGCCUGCUUCCUGCUCAGCGCCGGGGACUAUGCCUGUGCCGAUGGUAGUGUCCGGAAAGGCUGUGCAAAGUCCCGGAGUCUAAACAACAUAGCUGGAGCAGCGGGAACCAGUCUGGGGCUGUCUCCACUCGCAUCAAGAUUCAGCUCACCCUACCCUCCAAGAAAGCUCCUGUUCCCCCACCCUUUCCACCCCCUCACCAGCCCUCCCCCUGGACACUCGGCCCCUUAGUUGCACCCUUGGCCCUCCCCACCCCCCGGGCACACACCACGCUCACAUGCCCUCCAGCCCUCAUUCCUCUGGGGACCUGAGGAAGCCGGGCGGGCUACAGGAGGGUCCAGGGCCCUAAGCCUCUCCUCCACAGCACCCAGCUCCCCAGAAUGUUCAGCUCUGGAGCCUGAGAACAAGCCCCAGGCUUGGGCCCCACUGGUCUCUGUCCUGAGUCGGAGGUGCCCACCCCCCAACAACAGGACCUGUGCCUCUGGGCCUUGUCUCCCCUCAGGGCCCCACCUCAAUCACAGCAAAUGCAUUUCCAUUCCUCAUGGCCUUCAAUCAGCAGGCAGCCUACCACUAAAUAUCUCUGUCUGUCUGUCUGUCCAUCCCACACCCAGACCUGCCAAGAAUAAGGCCAUGUGGUGGGGCAGCUCUGCUGGUGUGCAGGGGAGCAGUGCCGCCCUGGGAGAGGAGGCCUAAUGUUCCCCAGCCCUGGCCUGGCAUCCAGCUGGGGGUCCCUAGAGCCCCACCAUUGGCUGCCUAGGCUUGGGAAUGCCCACCUCUCCAGAGUGACACCCCCUUCCUGCGGCAGAGCUCCGAGUCCCAUCUGCAUCCCAGCAGCGGUGCCCCCCCCCUCCAAGCAGCUCUCUCUGCUUCCCUCCCUCUCCGCUCCCUCACACUCCCAGCCCUGCCUCUGAGUCACCUGCUGCUCCCACCCAGCCUCUGCACUCUGUGUUGCUUCCAGAACCAGAGACUCAUCUAAUUUCUAUAAUUAAGUGUAUUCAUUUACCUAACGAGCCCAGGAGCACAACAGGUUUGUGAGUCACUGAGUGAGCAGGGGUGUGCCCUGGGCAGGGGCAAUUGAGGGGAAGUGUGGGGACAGAAGGCAUCCUGCCCCCUCACAUCGCUGCUCCCGGGCAGGUCCUCCCACCCCCAUCCCCACCCAGCAGAGUGCCAGGGAGGCUCUCCUAGGCCCCUCAGCUUCAGGAACGCAGAAGGGCUCGGCCAAGCCAUUUCCUGUUUCACCUGAUGGGAAUUAGACCUGACAGUGGAGCAGAGCCCCUGGCAAUUUUUAGAGUCAGAUUAUGCAACUUUGUAGAGGGAAUGACUAAGGUCCAUAUCUGCUCCUUCCAGGGUGGGCAAAGAUAGGAAUGGCAGGACAGAAUUUGGGGACUCAGCAGAAGGCUGGGAGACCAUGAGGCCACCCCAAAAGGUGAACUGGGCAGAAAAGGUCAGACCAUUUCAGAAGGAUGUGUUGUUGUGAAAAGCCUCCACCAGGAGGUCUAUUCAGGAUGGGUACUGGGAGGCCCCAGCCCUGCUGGGGUCUGUGGGGCCUGUCUCUGCUUGUUCUCAGAAUGAAGUGUCCCACUAAGAGUUGAGAAAAUACAGCAGCAUCCAUGUGGCCAGCCUUCAAAAGGGGACAGGCCCCUUCCAGUGACCGCAGCAGGGAGCCCUGUGGAGCAGGAGGGAGACUCAGGUCACCCUCUCACAGCUGAAUCUGAGAGCCCAGCUGCUUUUCCUUGUGAGAACGGACUUGGUCCUGUCCCUCAGGGCUCCCUGGCUCCAGGGUCCCGAGUCUGACGGGUCUGUGAUGAGCUAGGUGUCCAGGUUAGCCUGGCCAUCACAGCUCUUCUCUCCUCUGACUUGCCAGUGUGGUUCAGGGAACUGAGGUGACUGUCUCUGUGGCAGCCCUCAAGUUGUCAGGAGCCCAAGUUUCCACAGUACCCACCUCCUCCUUCCCUCUCCUCCCUCCCACAGGGAUGGGCCUGCUUAUGGCACCCCUCUGGUAGGCACAGAUGUCCCUGGGUGACAUGAUGCAGGAGUGCCAAGCUGGAGCUCCUGGUGCUUUGGGAGAUGGGCUCCCACCUGACACAACCCCCCAAGCCACCUUCCCCGACCCUGGUUCUCUGGCUUCCAGAGGGGAAACACAGGACCUAGCUAACAGGAUGGGCAUGCUCCGAUCCCUCUCAGGGCCUCUGGGCCUCCCAAGGCCCUGGAAAGGGGCAAAGUGAGUCCUGGAGUUUACAGAGACCUACUGUCCACAGGCCCUGCCUAGAGAGGCAGUUGCCUACAUGGGGCUUGUCCAGACCUUGUGCGUCCCUCCUUAGGCGAUGGCUCUCCCUUCCACCUGCAAUCUGAGAGCACAAUUUGCUUCACUUGGAUGUGGACUUGGACCUGUACCCACUACUUUGUCUUCUAGAAGCCUUUCCCCCAUAGCUGGAGUUUUAUCCUCACAGAGCAGAGAGGCAGCCCAGAUAGGAGUUGUUCACCUUACGAGUUUGCACCAGGCCUACUGACAAACUUAGAGGCCCAUUUGUCAGCCCCUGGGGCUUCUUUGAAGAACUGUGAGCUGGCACCAGAGGUGGAAGAUGCCUGUUCAGCGUAGGCCGGGAGUCAGAGGGGAGAUUGAGUACCAGCCCGAGGGCCAGGGCUUCAGGAGUGCCCCCCUGGGGCUCGGGAGGCCUUUUCACAGAGCUUCCUGGAAGAGGAGGGCCUCCUAUGCCCUGGCCAGAGAGUAUCGCCCCAAUCCCUGCCCCCACAGCAGCCUCUUUGCCUGCCCUGCCUGGGCCCUCGCUGGGAAGGUGGGGGAAGGGAAGGCCCAGGCCACGGAUAUUUCAGCCUGAGUAUGGGCGGUUGAGAAGGGCUCACUGAGCCAUCAAGUUUCUCAGUAAAGUGCUCCCUUCUGGGCUUCUCUUCCAAGAAUGACAUGUGCAUCCUCCCUUCCCUUCCCUUCAGCGUCCACCCUCCAACUGCUAGAGCUCUGUUCCAACCAGACUGAGGAAGUAUGGCUGGGCACGGCAGGACAGGACUCUCAGGAGCCUUCCUCAGCAGCCCCCCUGGGACAAUGGAGCGGCCCCAGGUGGAGGUGGCUGGUGGAGCUAUGCGGGGGGUGGGUAUAGGCCACACCAAGAGAGUCCCCCACUGCCUCGGUGCCAGUCUAUAGGGCUAUGAUCCCUCCACCCAAUGCACUGGGGUUUUGAAGACCUGAGGGUUCGUGAUUCCUGGAGCUCACUGCCUGAGCAGGUAUGGACAUAAGCCGUAACAUCGCCUAUGAGUCACCUGGGCCUGGCACUGGGUAGGCAGAGGGGUGAUGAAGGGGCUCACCCCAGUCGCUGACCCAUCCUUGCUCUUCCUGGCCUCUUAGCCCCGGGUCCCCACGCCUUCCAGCUCUGCUCCUGGCCUAGUCCUUCACCCACAGGCUGUGGGUCCACAGCUGGCUUCCUUCUAACAUCUCAUUCUUUGUUUCUCCCUUUCUUUUGCUGAACUCCUUGCCCCCCCCCAGAAGGCAAUGUUGAGCUGAAAGCGUGCGUCCCAGUGUCUCACACCUGUGCUCUUUAAACACAGAGACCUGCCAAGACGCCCUCUCGCCCAGCUAUGCCCAGGCUGAAGUCCUCACCCUCUCUUAAGCGGCACCAACGUGAGAGAGGCAGGCAGACAGACAGAAAGCCAAAGGCUUAGGGAAACUCUGGAACCCUGGCAAGAAUCUUUCGCUGGGAAAGACUCAGAGAUCCUUGUUUGCACAGGACUGAUGGAAAACCUCCCAUGUGACCCUCCAGGCCCAGAGCCCUCUGGGUCUGCUGUUCUGUUCUGUUGUACGCCGAAGAGAUAUAUAUGCACAUAUAGUAUCUAUAUUCAUACGUGCUAUACUCGUGUGUAGUGCACGUGCUAUUGGUGUCUGUCUUCUCUGUUAGGCCGUGUCUCCCCAAGCCCGUGCCCCACCCCCACCCCCCCAUCCCCUUCCCUUCCCUGACGCCUGUUUCUGCACACGUGUGUGGAAUGUCCCAAGAAUAAGUGUCUGGGAUCUGCCAGUCCUACCCGGGGUGGGAUGGGGGAAGGUCCAAGGCCAGACUUGCCCUCUUGGGGUUGUUUCCCCUGUGGCCGGUGGUCUGUGGAAGGCCCGGUUGCCCCCUGGGGUCACUGCUCCACUAGCCCCACCCUGCCCCAGAUUGGGGUUCUACCUCCCACCCCAUGCCCCAGUUUGGGGGGACUUUCAGGGGCUCCUCUGCAGCUUUUUCCCCUCCUCCUCCACCUUACCCAUGUCCUGAACCGAGGGGCAUUUUGUCUUUUUUUUAUUUGGGGGGUUUUGUUCUGUCUGCUCAGUCCAUUUGUUUUCAAAGAUGCUGCCGGGCAGACGGGCAGGGAGGGGGUCUGUCUGCCCAUCUGGCUCAGGGGUCUGAGAAGGGGACGCCUCGGGCAAGCGGAGAUCAGUUGCAAUACUGUACUUCCUGGCCGGUGGCCGGAGGAGCGUGCAAUAGCAGAGGCCAGGUGACCCCUCCAACCUUGGCCUCUGCCCCUCCCGUGGCCCUCCCGCCCCCCUCCCAGCUGCCCUGCCCCUCCCUAGUGUUGGUCAGUCCUUUUGUAAAGCUGUCCCCUUAUGUGUGUGUCUGAGGCAUGCCUAGGCUGGGCCCUGCCGCCCUGUCUGCACGCCUUCAACUGUCGUGCUGUGCUCGAGCCCCAAUAAAGACAUCGGAGCGUCCUGCUGCUCCUGCCUCGA